AUGUCUUCUGGUGUUGAUAGAGAUACAGUGAUAUCAUGGUCAGAACAGGCGCAAACUACUUUACAGGAAGCCAAAAAGAUGUGCACACGGGCACAAGCACUGCUCCAGUCAACUACUUAUCAGCUAGUUACCCAGCUUCCUGAAAGGCUUCAAUUUGUCACAUUUAUGGUUGAUGCGUUGAAACAGCAACACGAGUUGUUGACAUCGAUAGUAGAGUCCCAAAGUCGCAUAAGAAAGGAGUCGGUCAGUCAGUUCAACGUACAGGUGGAGCGAGAUUUGACCCCUGCAUUAGCAGAGCUAGAUGAUAUACUUGCACGGCUAGCCAAGGCAAAAGUUCCGAGUUACUUGAUUAAUAACGUAGUACAUGAACUAGAGGUACAUAUAGACACUUUGGUAGAGGAUAGAAAUCUUUGUGAUUUCAUUUCCAUGGAUGACAUAAAAUUGCUUACCACCAACAUUGAAAUUUAUAAGGCCAACUGCACUAAAUUACAUGGAUUACUCGAGAAAACGAUGAAUGAGAGCGUAAUCGAGCCGUACCAGAUAAUUGCGUUGAAGAAAUAUCAUAAUAUUAUGAAGCAGUACAAGGAGCUAAUGCCGGUUCAGUUGGGAAUGAACUUGGCUCCGGAUGUGUCUCCUUACAAGCUAAACAACUUGAUCAAUACCAUAUUAAAGGAAAAUUCGUCAUUGGAACACGAAUUGGUCCCCAUGUUGGAGAUGAUGACGAACCAUUACGACCAAUGUGUCCAGGGUACAUUGUUUUUCAACACUAAGAAUCCAAAAGACCCACUGGGCGACGUGAAUUUUGAAGUGCUUCGGAAUGACGCCCUAGAAUUACCGGAUGUGCUCAAGGAGCUUAACACGGUAUACGAUAUCAUUGUAAACAAUGAAGUGAGAACAAAAAAGCUCUUGAGCAGCGAGUUUUCUCGUAUUGACUCCUUAAUUUCCAUGAUCAAGGAUCUUCUCGAAUUUUAUACAGAUUACAAGGCCACUCACUUGUCCAAAUAUAUGAUCUUAGUCCUCUCGUGCGAUGAAAUCUUUGGCAAGUGCUCAAUAGCUAUGAAUUCGAACCAGACGCCGCUCGAAGCCUACAUCGAGACUAUAACACUGCUUCUGUACCACUACACCCAAUUUCUCUCCAUCUACAAAUCAGAGUAUCUUACUGAACUCUUUUACGAACAAUACACUUAUCCACGAAAAUACCUUGCAAAACUUACAGACUUUCUCAACAAUGAUAUGUUCCACUUACAACAAGAAGAAUACGAGCGGCGGAAGAACUGGCUUGCAAGAUAUGGUGAGUUUAUUCCCAAUGAGUUUAAGCUACCUGGUGAGCUUAAUCAGCCCUCAAUUAUACAGGUUGUAACGGAGGGUCUAGAUGAUGUACAAAAAGAUUACAAUGAUGGUAAGUUUAACGAGUCAGCCGAAGAGAUUAAUCUAUCAGACCUUAUUAAGACCAUGAAGUUAUAG